AUGCGGCAAGGAACAGGGCUUGCAGCAGCCGUGCUGCUGGGACUGCUGGCCCUGGCUGCAGCACGCGACUACUAUGACAUUCUCCAGGUGCCGAGGUCGGCCACCGAUGCCCAGAUCAAGCGUGCCUACCGCAAGCUGGCACUCAAGAUGCACCCGGACAAGGUGCAGGGCAGCGAGGAGGAGAAGAAGGCGGCGGCCCAGAAGUUUGCUGACGUCAGCCACGCCUAUGAGGUGCUGACCGAUGCCGAGAAGCGCAAAGUGUAUGACCGGUAUGGGGAGGAGGGGCUGAAGCAGAUGGGCAACGGCGGCGGCGGCGGCGGCGGCUCCGCCCAGGACAUCUUCUCGCAGUUCUUCGGCGGCGGUUUUGGCGGUUUUGGCGGGUUUGGCUUUGGGGGGCAGCAGGAGGAGGAGGAGACGCCCAAGGGGCACAACGUCGUUGUGGAGCUGGAGGUGACGCUCAAGGACCUCUACCUGGGCAACCACUUCAAGGUGGUGCGUGACAAGAAUGUGGUCAAGCCUGCGCCCGGCACGCGCAAGUGCAACUGCAAGCAGAAGGUGGUGACGCAGCAGAUCGGUCCCGGCAUGUACCAGCAGUAUCACAAGCAGGUGUGCGAGGACUGCCCCAAUGUCAAGUAUGAACGGGAGUCUGAGUCACUGACGGUCAGUGUGGAGCCGGGCAUGCCGGAUGGCCACACCAUCACUUUCUUCGAGGAGGGCGAGCCCAUCCUGGACGGCGAGCACGGAGACCUGCACGUCGUGCUGCGCACUCUGCCGCACCCCAGCUUUGAGCGGCGCGGCGAUGGGCUCAUGUACAACGCCACCAUCAGCCUGCUGGAGGCGCUGGUGGGCUUUGAGCGACAGAUCGAGCACCUGGAUGGCCACAAGGUGCAGAUCGGCACGCAGGGCGUCACGCGCCCCGGCGAGGUCCGGUGGUACCAGGGAGAGGGCAUGCCGCAGUUUGAAAAGACCACCCGCGGCGACAUGUGGGUGACCUUCUCGAUCGCCUUCCCGCGCGCCAUCAGCGACGAGCAGAAGCAGCAGCUGCGCGAGCUGUUUGGCGGCAACGACGAGUGGCAGCGCAAGGAUGAGCUGUGA